UCUUGAAUAUGUUUAUAUCUGCAAUCUACUACAUAGACUCACGCGCAGGAUAGGCGCGUAUGAGUAUCAGCUCAUAUCAUUUAUAAUAAUAAUAAUAGUUAUUCUCGUUGCGAUGAGACAUAAGAGCUGACUAUCAGGCUGCAUUUUGUCAAAAUUGUCUCUUUAACGCAUGUGUGAGUCAGUGGAAGUGAGAGUUGCUGAGACAGUGAUCCAGGGCUGGUGUCUGAAGCAGUCGGAGAAGGACGAGAUGGCUUCAGUGUUCCUGCCAGCGCUGGCUCGUAUGGCCGUAUGUGGCGGCACCCAUGGGAACGAGCUGUCCGGUGUGUAUGUGGUGCAGGAGAUGGAGCGACAGCGGAAAGAGAAGGGAGAGGGUGCCUGGCCGAUUCCUGUCACAACCGUGCUUUCAAACCCAAGAGCUGUGAAAGAGUGCAGAAGAUACAUCGACACCGAUAUGAACCGCUGCUUCAACAGAGACACGCCGAGUUCUCCUGUUACAGACAGCAGCCCAUAUGAAGUCCGGCGCGCUCAAGAACUGAACAAUCUGCUGGGGCCGAAGGGAUCCGCUGAUGCAACAGACAUGAUCUGUGACCUUCAUAACACCACAUCCAACAUGGGCCUCACACUCAUCCAUUACACAACCAGCGACUGGGUGACCCUGCACAUCUGCAAAUACUUACAGACUAAGAUCACCACAGUGCCUGUGAGAGUGCUGGUACUGGAUGUCCAUGUUAGUGACGCAUAUAACUUGGAGUCGGUAUCCAAGCAUGGCUUUACUCUAGAGGUCGGGCCGCAGCCGCACGGCGUUGUCAGAGCUGACAUCUAUAUCAUUAUGAAAGAGGCGUGUGAUUUGACCAUAGAGUGGAUCCACAAAUUCAACUCAGGAAUGGUGUUCGAAGGCGGGGAUGUGGAAGCGUCCAAGUUUGUCAAAAGUGUUGAUUAUCCCAGAGAUCCAGAGACUCGGACUCUCACCGCUGCCAUUCAUCCUCAGCUGCAGGACAGAGACUUCUGUCUGCUUAAGCAGGGAGACCCUUUGUUUUUCACAUUUUCUGGGGAAACCAUGAAGUAUGAAGAAAAAGAGACACUUCAUCCUUUCUUUAUCAAUGAGGCCGCCUAUUAUGAAAAAGGAAUCGCUUUUCACUUGGCAAAGAAGCUGACGCUUACAAUUCCAACAGUGCAAGUGCAGAAAGACUGAAGGAUGGGAGAGGAAAGGAUAGUGAACUAAGCAUGAUUGGCAGAAAAUCUAACAUUAAUCAUACGACUUUAGAGAGAAUGCUACUUAAAUGAAUUUUUCAAUGACUUAUUACUCAGGUAAACAUGUACAUAGUUAUAUGAAAAUGAAAAGAUAAUGCAUUCAGUCACAUUUUUAAAAAUGCAGUAUAAUAUUUGGUACAAAGUUUCUCAUGCAUGUAAAGCUGUAACUUUUGCAGAUUAAGCAUUUAAAAAAACGUAUUUCCUAUUUUCCUUAUUAAUUUCUUGUAUUGUUACGCCUUUGCAGUUUAUGGUAAUAAAAAAUAUUAUGACUUCUUUUAAAGGCAUUUUGUUUCUUGGGGCUUGAAGCGC